AUGGAUAAAUACGGACUCAAAGCAUUAUUGCCCUUAAUAAGGCGAGAGGAUCAGUCUACGGAAUAUGAUCCCUCAAUGACACUUGGAAUAGACCUCACUCCAGUACUUCAUUCGCUGGGAAUACCCAGCAACCAACAGGGACGACACCGCGUUCUAGAGACGUUCCAGUCACCGUGGGUAGAAACAUCGCGUAGCGAGGUGGAGCCUCGUUUUUUUGUACCGGAAUCGUUCAAAAAAAUACCCAACGUGCUUCAGGCCGGCAAUAGGAGCCCGGUAUUCAACUCAGUGCAACAGGACCUGGCGAAAAUCUCGUUGUUUCAAGACGAAACGCUUUUCUAUCUGUUUUACAAGCACCCCGGGAGUGUGGUGCAGGAGCUGACAUACUUGGAGCUUCGCAAGCGCAACUGGAGGUACCACAAGACUUUGAAAGUGUGGCUCACAAAGGACCCGAUGAUGGAGCCCGUGGUCGCUCCAGGAGGCGCAUCGGAGAGAGGCUCGUAUGUGUUUUUCGACCCGCAGCGUUGGGAAAAGUGCCAGCGCGAUUUCGUGCUAUUUUAUAACGCUAUAAUGUAA